GGUUUCUUUUUCUUCUCUCUCGAUUUCAUGGCGAAAUUUCCUCCCCCGUCAACAACAACGACGGCGGCGACACUGCCGAGCCCCUCUCAAAUCUCCGGCAGCACAUUCAGCUUUCUCGCUUUCUCGACCGCCAUUUCAAGACCCAACGAGAUCUCCCGGCUGCUGCAUCUCUAGCGUCAGAGCUCAACAGAGACUGCUCCCUUCUCCAUAGAAACCUCGAGGACCUCAUCGCCAAGCUCUCUCUCGCCGCAUCGGAUUGGAUCUCUCGCUCAACCGAUGCCAGAUCGAUACUGAUGCGCAGUGUUGAAUCUUGCUGCCCAUCGUCUCCUCCAGAUGGGAACGCGAUGAUGGGUCGCCGUCAAAAAAGGAUCUUGGGGGUUGAGCUGCCGGCGCUGGCGAAUGAGGUUGCUCGUAUCGAAACGAUUCGGCUAUAUGCAGAGACCACCCUAAAGCUGGAAGUUUUGGUUGGAGACCUGGAAGAUGCAACAUUCUCUGUUACAAACAAAACUUCAAGAAAUAAUCCAUUUAACCUUUUGAAAGCAUCAAGACCAACUGAUCAGGACAUUGGCCAGAAACAAGCAAAGCUCAUGCUAGCUGUUAAAGCCAUGAACCGGAUAGAAGAAAUUUUGGUGGAUGUAGCGAAUAGAAGACCACAUUGGACGCACCUUCUCAUGGCUGUUGAUGCUCGUGUAGAAAAAGCACUAUCCAUUCUGAGGCCACACGUGCUUUCUAACCAUCGAAUCUUGCUUUCUUCCCUUGGAUGGCCACCAUCUCUUACGACAUCUAGCAAUGAAAAAGGAACACGCUCGGCAAUUCCUAACCCUCUUGUUUUGAUGGAAGGGGAGAAUAAAGAGUUGUAUUGCGAGAGCUUUUUAAAGCUAUGUGCUUUGCAACAUUUGCAAGUACGAAGGACAGGACGCCAAAACAAACUUCAAGGAUAUAACAAUGCGUGCAAAGUAUCAAAUUCCAUAGAUACUAUCAAACAAUCUUGUUUUGAACAUGGAUUAUGGUCUAUUGAUGAAUUGGUGCAACCAAUUGCAUCGAGGAUGGAACACCAUUUUUCUCAAUGGUCUGACGAACCAAAAUUCAUUUUUGCUCUAGUAUACAAAAUCACACGAGAUUUCCUUGAGGGAGUGGACAAUAUAUUACAGCCAUUAAUUGAUAAAGCAGCACUUGCAGGUUGUAGCGCUAAAGAAGCUUGGGUGUCAGCAAUGGUGACGGUGUUAUCUAGAUAUCUUGAAAGGCAAGCUUUUCCUUCUCUUGUCGCAAACUAUGUUGAUAGGGUUGAGAAUACUGUGAUAAACUCUUCGUGGCUUCAUCUUAUUGACCUUAUGAUUAGUUUUGAUAAGAAGUUUCAAGUUCUUGCAUCUUCAGAAACUCAGUUGAUAGGAUCAUUUGCAUAUUUGAAAGGACUCUCACAAUCUCAACUGUUACUUUCAGUAUUUGAUCAGCAUCUAGAUUGGCUUCAGAUAUGGGCUGAGAUAGAACUCAAUGAUGCACAACAGAAGCUAAAUUUACAGUUGGUAGAUGAGGAAAGCUGGUCAAUAGAUGUGAGCCCUGAUGAAGAAAUUGAGACAUUCCUUCUUUCUACUAGAGAAGAUUAUAAAGCACCACCAAUUGCCGAAUCUGUAGUCAAAAUCUCAUGGGCAAUGAUAGAAAGGGGUCAAUCUUUAUGGUCCAAAUUGUCGAAAACUCAAUUUAUUAGGUCUUCUGCAACCCUUUUCUUGAACCAUUUCUUCAUCAUCUUGCUUCAACGUUUUCGAGAUAUGGAUUUGAUAUCUGCCAUUUUAGAAGAUGAUGCUCUGUUGACAGUCAUUGGAUCAAUAAAUACUGCUCGGUACUGUGAGUAUAUCCUACAUGAAUGGAAUGAGGAUAUCGGCUUCUUGGAGAUGGCUGUUAAUGACAAAGAUCCUGAUAACUUGUUUUUCAAUGAUGAGAUUUCAUUUCUGGUUAAAUUAGAAACAGAUUGCCUAGUAGAGAUUGUGUCUGCUCUUCUGCUACAAUUUGAUGCUUUAUCUUCAUAUUACAUUCAUGAUAUUGAACAGUGGGAAAGAGAACAAACUGAAUUCGAUGAUCAAAUACUUGAAGAUGAAAAUAUGAACGUAUCUCCUAGUUUUAUUGAAGCACUUGAUAUGUUAAGACACCGAUUCCAAGUCCUAAGGUUAAGUUUAAAUUCCAAGGACUUUGUAGAGAUAUGGAGAAACGUCGCAGAAGGGCUUGACCAUUUCAUCUUCAGCAGCAUCCUUUUGAGCAAUGUGAAGUUCUCCCAACAUGGAGCUUAUCAGUUUAUAAUGGAUGUGAAAGCGCUUUUUCUUGUAUUUAAGCCUUUUUGUCCGAGGCCUGAAGCAUUUUUUCCUUGCAUAAGUGAUUCUCUGAAACUAUUAGGUAUGGAUAGAAAAGAUGUGAAGUAUACGCUUAAAGUUCUAGCAGUAGAAGGUGUAAUAUCAGAAGAGCGUUUGAGGGCCAGGGGUUUGUUUCAUGUGUCUGUUGACCAGGGUUUAAAAAUUCUGAGGAAUAGAAAGUUUGAAGGUCAAUUUAACAUGUAACUGUAAGGAAAGUAACGUAAAUUGUGUUGGAAAUCAAUAUACAACCCAUUGAAGUAAGAACAAAAACACGAAAUUCGAGAUUUAAUCUUCAAAGAGCCAACACUUGUUACAUAAUGGUGUUUCUUGAUCAAUUUACCAGUCAUUUUUGUUCAAGAUGCUGUUCAUAGUGUGCUUUGUCUUCUACUUGCGAUUAUUUUUUUUAUAGUG